GGAUGUGGAGUGAGAGCAAAUAGUCUUACACUUUUUUUUGGUUUUUUAGAGAAAACCUUUUUUUUAGAAAAGCGGCUGUACAGUAGCACAGGCCUUGUUAGAAAUUGUGGCCUAAAGAACGUCCUAAUUUUGGGCCCUGAAGGCCCAUAACUGAAGCACACAGUCAGAACCAAACAAACGGAGCCUGGCAGACCCGUCUGAUCGCUGACCGCCGGCCACUCUCCGCUCCCGCCGCCGCCGCCGCCGCCAUGGGGAACUUCCGUAAGCUCGGCCGCCACGCCGCCCACCGCGUCUCGAUGCUCAGGACGAUGGUGUCGCAGCUGGUGAAGCACGAGCGGAUCGAGACCACCGUCGCCAAGGCGAAGGAGGUGCGGCGGAAGGCGGAUCAGAUGGUGCAGCUCGGCAAAGAUGGUACACUAGAUGCAGCAAGACGUGCCUCGGCAUUUGUUCGAGGUGAUGACGUCGUUCACAAGUUAUUCACAGAGCUUGCGUACCGUUACAAGGAUCGAGCUGGUGGGUAUACAAGACUAUUGCGAACCAGGAUACGAAUUGGCGAUGCUGCACCAAUGGCUUACAUCGAGUUUGUCGACCGGGAGAAUGAACUUCGAGAGGCCAAACCUGCGACUCCACCGCCUCCCCAGCGUGCCCCUCUUGAUCCAUGGACCAAGUCCCAUGCCAGCCAACAGUGGGCAGGGCCUAAAGUCAGCCAGAAGUCCAAAACAGAAGGGCUAUGAGAACCAAAAGCAUCGUUUAUCUUUAUUUUAUGUUUGUGAGAUUUUUUUUAUCUUUAGACGCGCUAAUUAGGAGAUCCAUUCUGUAAGAGACUAUGUUUCCACAUGAUAUUGAACAUAUAAAGGAUGAGCUAGUGCGCCCAACUAGCGGCAUCAGCCACGUCUCCUUUUAUUCCCCUCAUAGCCUCGCGAUUUACUGUAGCGUUUCGGCGAGGAUAAGUCCUGAGUGCUCUCCUCUUCCUUUCCCCUCGCUCGCUUCCUCCUCCCUCACCUGCAGAACCCUAGCCGCCUCCUCUCCUCUUCCCUAGCCGCCUCAUCUCCUCUCCCCAGUCGCGAGGGAGCGUUGCGCGAGCUGCCCCGUGCUUGACGUGCACGUCCUUAGCCCCCGUGCCCCUCCGCUCUCUCCUCCCCCUCCCUGUCUCCAACGGAUCCGAGUCUCUCCGGCGGCGGCGGCGCUCGAUUUGAUCUGCAGGAGAUAGAGAGAGAACAUGAGAAGGGGAGAGAGAAGGAAGGAGAGGAGGGACGCCACCAUGGGAGAGCAGGGGCAACAUGGUCUUCGUGGUGGGCAUGGAGGAGCAGAGGAGGAUGCUGGUGCGGGGUGGGGUCAGAGUAGCAGGAGUUCCAGGUGACACUAGCGUCAUGGUGGAGUGGAGGAGCUCGUCAUACAUCGUCACCAUCCCCAAUCUAGGUUGCUCCCCCCUCCUCCUUCCCCAGGUAUUAUCUCAGUUCUUUGAUUCUGUGAUUUUGAUUUCUCAAUUUGUGUUUUUCAGAUCUGAGAUAGAAAAAGAAGAGAAAUAAUCUUGUGGAAUUUUAGAUCUGCAAUAGAAACGAAGAGAAAUAAUCUUGUGGAAGAGCCUGACUAAAAAGAAGGACGCCGAUAACUGCCACACGUGUGGCAUAUACGACAUGCGCCCACACACCGUGUGUGGUGUGAGCAGGAGGCAGCCCACACGGGCUGUGUGUGGGCGGACAUUAGAAUUGCC